AAUAAUCCAAACUUUCAUAUAUCUUUCUUUUUUCCUACUUUCAUAGUGUCUGAAACUGAAACAACAAGUUGGAGUCACACUCAACUCAACUCGCCGGAAAACACAGUCGCCGACCACCACAAACAGCGAAAACGUCACUCCAGAAUUGGGAAGAGAAUUGGUUUUUAUGGCCAUUGCAUUGAAAUCAUCUUGCUUCUUGCAAUUGAACAAACCCGAGACUCGUUUUGGGGUCAGUUUUUCCUCCAACAAACCUAAAAUAAUAUCAUUUAAAAGAUUCACUCCAGUGGCUGCUAUCAAGGCUAUGGAAACAGUUGGACUCUCUGAAACAUUCAGCAGGCUGAAGAAACAAGGAAAAGUGGCUUUCAUCCCAUUCAUCACCGCCGGUGAUCCUGACCUUUCAACUACAGCAGAAGCACUGAAAGUGCUUGAUUCAUGUGGAUCUGACAUUAUUGAGCUCGGUGUACCGUAUUCGGAUCCUUUGGCCGAUGGUCCUGUUAUCCAGGCUGCUGCUACAAGAUCUUUAGCAAGGGGGACCAAUUUUGAUUCAGUUAUUUCUAUGUUGAAGGAGGUUAUUCCACAAUUGUCUACCCCGAUUGCACUGUUUACUUAUUACAACCCAAUACUGAAGCGUGGUACUGGGAAAUUUAUGUCCAUCGUAAGAGCCACCGGUGUUCAUGGGCUUGUAGUCCCUGAUGUUCCUCUGGAGGAGACAGAAACUUUAAGGGAAGAAGCUAAGAAGAAUGGAAUUGAACUGGUACUCCUCACAACACCCACCACUCCUACAAACCGGAUGAAAGCUAUUGUUGAUGCUGCAGAUGGAUUUGUGUAUCUUGUGAGCUCUGUGGGUGUCACUGGAGCCCGGGCAUCAGUUAGUGGUAAAGUUCAGGCCCUUCUGCAGGAUAUCAAAGAGGCAACAACUAAGCCUGUGGCAGUUGGUUUUGGGAUAUCAACACCUGAGCAUGUGAAGCAGAUAGUGGGAUGGGGAGCUGAUGGGGUGAUUGUUGGCAGUGCUAUGGUGAAGUUGCUUGGUGAAGCCAAAUCGCCUCAAGAGGGAUUGAAAGCUCUGGAAAAUUUAACCCGCACCUUAAAAUCAGCACUUGAUUGAGAUUAUGUCUGAAAUAGCACAAACUUCUCAUAGUUGUUUUCAUAAAUAAUGGAUUGAAUGAGGAUCUGUUCUUUUUUAAACAACCAUGACAUACUAUGGUCAAGUUUUGUUCAUUUUCAAUUAUAUUAUGACAAAAUAGUUUCAUUACUGAAAUAAAUGUUGUGUUAGUUUUA